UGCUGUCUGAACAUGACUGGCCUCCUGUUCCUCCUGAUCAUCUGCUGUUCAGGGUAUCUUUUUGGUGCUGAAGGCGCAGUUUUUCUUGACCAUGAAAAUGCCACCAAGAUUCUUAAUCGACCAAAGAGGUAUAACUCGGGUAAACUGGAAGAAUUCGUUCAAGGAAACCUUGAAAGGGAAUGCAAAGAAGAAAAAUGUGAUUUUGAAGAAGCUCGAGAAGUUUUUGAAAACACAGAAAAGGCAAGUGAAUUUUGGAAUCAGUAUGUGGACGGUAACCAGUGCGAGUCCAAUCCCUGCUUAAAUGGAGGUGUAUGCAAGGAUGCAACAAAAGCCUACGAGUGCUGGUGCCGAGGUGGAUAUGAAGGAAAGAACUGUGAAAUAGAUGCCAGCUGUAGCAUUAAAAAUGGUGGCUGCAAGCAAUUCUGCAAGAUGAAUAACUUGAACAAGGUGGUGUGUCACUGUACUUCAGGAUACCGAUUGGCAGAAGACCAAAAGUCCUGUGAACCAGAAGUACCAUAUCCUUGUGGAAGAGUGUCAGUUCCUUUAAAUCUUAAGAAACUCACCCGUGCCGAAAGCGUCUUCGUCAAUAUGGACAAUGCAAACUCUACCGAGGAGGAGCAGGUUCCAGAUGAAGGCACACAAAUCACGCCCAUACAUAAAGAAUUGAAUCGGGUCGUUGGUGGAAAAGAUGCCAAGAAGGGAGAGAUCCCUUGGCAGGUCAUUUUGAAUGGAAAGAUUAAAGGGUUCUGUGGUGGCUCCAUCGUCAAUGAGAAGUGGAUUGUAACUGCAGCCCACUGCAUUGAACCUGGCAAUGAAAUUACUGUCGUCGCAGGCGAGCAUGAUACUGAGACUGAAGAAGGAACUGAGCAGACUAGACGUGUGAUCCGAGCUAUCCCUCACCACACCUACAAUGCCACCAUCAGUAAGUACAGCAAUGAUAUAGCCCUUUUGGAGCUGGAUGAACCCUUGCAGCUAAAUGAGUACGUGACCCCGAUCUGCAUCGCAGACAAGGAGUACACCAACAUCUUCCUCAAGUUUGGAAAAGGCACCGUGAGUGGCUGGGGCAAGAUCUACCACAGGGGCCGCUCGGCCACUAAACUCCAGGUCCUCAAUGUUCCCUUUGUGGACAGAGCCACGUGUCUGCGUUCCACCAAGGUCACCAUCCUCAACAACAUGUUCUGUGCUGGCUAUCACCAGGGUGGCAAAGACUCUUGCCAAGGAGACAGCGGGGGGCCCCAUACCACAGAAGUGGAAGGCACCAGCUUCCUCACUGGCAUCAUCAGCUGGGGAGAAGAAUGCGCCUUGGAAAAUAAGUAUGGCAUCUAUACGAAGGUCUCCCGCUAUGUCAACUGGAUUAAAGAGAAAACAAAACGCACCUAAGCAUACCAGCCUUGCUUCCUUUCCAGAAUGUCCCUUGGUGUUUUGGAUUGAGAAAAAAGACAGGAAUGGCUCCGGUACUGAUGAAUUUCCUAUCAAUUGUUGGGUACGAAUAACGUUAUCUCACAAUGCUGCUUUGGAACAGAGAGAACGGUGGGUAAAAGUCAGACUACACUAGUCUGUAUAUACAAGAGGGGAAACAAUCACUGAAUAAAUAUUAUGCUGUGACAAUGUGAUCGGUCCCACAGGGCCAGCUCUUGCCCAAACAGUGAAGCAGA